AUGUGUUUUUAUAUGUGGUUAAAUUGACAGGAUACCAAAUACAAUACCUACAUUUCGCGCAAAAUAUAAAAAAUAAUUACCACCACCAUGUCGCAUUGUUGAAUGACUUUAAUUUUCCGAAUCAUAUAGCAUAAUGUUACACUUAUCAUAUUUUUAUUUUAACGACAAUUAAAGUAAUGAGAUAUAUAAACAAAAGGAAAAAGUGAUGCUAAAGCAAAAAUGUUCUCACGAGUCACGGCGAUAAAUGAUGACCUAACCCCACUCCUAAAGCUUACUUUCCAGUUUCCUUCCACCAUUGAUGUACCACAACUCUCAAACACAUUCCACUGCCACAGAGCUUUGAAAAAACGUCCUAACUGCUCUCGAUCACCAUGACCAGUUCAAGCACCACCACCCCAAACCAUGCAACCCAUGUCUUGGUGUUCCCAUACCCAGCACAGGGUCACAUGAUCCCUCUCCUCGACCUCACCCACCAACUCGCCAACCGCGGCCUCACCAUCACCAUUCUCGUCACCCCCAAAAACCUCCCUUUUCUCCAACCUCUCCUCUCCGCCCACAACCACCCUAAUAAUUCCAUCCAAACCCUCGUCCUCCCUCUCCCCUCCCACCCCUCCCUCCCCGCCGGCUUCGAGAACGUCAAGGACCUCCCCGUCCACUCCUUCCUCGCCAUGAUGUGCGCCUUGGGCCAACUCCACCACCCUCUCCUCCGUUGGUUCACCUCCCACCCCAACCCUCCGCUCUGCAUCCGAAGGCACGUCCUCCCCCCCUCCGGCGCCUUGGCCCUCUCCGUCAUCGACUCGCUCUGGCACCGCCUCCUCAAACGAGACGACCCCAACGACCAAAACCAGGUCUUCUCGUUCCCCGAAAUUCCGAAUUCCCCGAAAUACCCCUGGUGGCAGCUCUCCACCGUCUACCGCUCCUACGUCGAGGGAGACCCAGAUUCGGAAUUCAUCAAGGACGGCUUCGACGCCAACAGGGCCAGCUGGGGACUCGUCGUCAACUCGUUCACCGAGUUGGAGCGAGUUUAUCUCGAGCAUCUCAAGAAUGAGCUGGGCCACGAUCGCGUGUGGGCCGUUGGACCGCUGGUCCCGCCGGAUUAUAAUGACCUAUCUGGGCCUGCACAGAGGGGCGGGUCCAGCUCGGUUUCCGUAGACCGCAUCAAGUCGUGGCUGGACGCGUGCGUAGAGGAUCACAAGGUGGUGUACGUGUGCUUCGGGACUCAAGCCGUGUUGACCAAUCGCCAGAUGGAGGCGCUGGCGUCGGGAUUGGAGAAGAGCGGAGUCCGCUUCGUGUGGUCGGUGAAGGGCCCCACGAAGGGACACGCGGAGGGAGAUUACGGCGCUGUUCCUCCCGGGUUCGACGAUCGAGUGGCGGGGAGGGGCCUGGUGAUAAGAGGGUGGGCACCGCAGGUCUUUAUCUUGAGGCACCGAGCGGUGGGGUCGUUCUUGACUCACUGCGGGUGGAACUCGGUGCUUGAGGCGGUGGUGGCAGGUGUGCCGAUGCUAGCGUGGCCCAUGGGGGCUGACCAAUUCAGCAACGCCACGUUGCUGGUGGACCAGCUGAAGGUGGGGGUCAGGGUGUGCAAGGGGGCGGGAAGCGUGCCUGACUCGGACGAGUUGGCCCGAGUGGUGGCGGAAUCGGUGAGUGUGAAGCGGGUCGAGAGGGAGCGAGCCGUGGAGUUGCGUGAAGCGGCACUCGAGGCCAUCAAAGAAGGCGGGAGCUCGGUGAAGGAGUUGGAUAGUUUGGUGGAUCGUCUGGCUGCAUUGGAAAUACCGGCAGGCAGUAAAAAUUUGCAAUCGAUGCGAAAUGGAAAUUAGAGUGAAAAUAGGCAUGAAUAUAAUAAUAUUAAAAUUAAAUAUUUACUACCAAUACCAAUUUGGUGGUUUUUCCUUUUAAUGGGCGGGCCUUUCUCUUUUCUUUUCUUUUGGGCCUUAGAAUGAAUUGUAAUUUUUGAACAUUUAAUAUCUUUUAGAAAAUUCGGUGUACAACUCCAAAAUCAAAAACAGAAGUUGGAUGUAAUCUUUGUAUUUGUCGUUGUUAAUACAAGUUAUUAGACUUUUGUG